UAUGGGAGCACUGUGCCAUCCCCCUUCAUACUCCUCAGUAACAACUGUAUUGCAGCUCCAGAUGCUGUGUGCGGGAGGGCGAGAGAGGAGGGACGUGUGUGUGUGUGUGCUGCUGCUGCCGCUGUCGUUUCUCUGGGCUGGGUUUUCUUGAAAGCCUGCAUCGAAUCUGCAGUGGACUUGGAAUGAAAGAUUCCCCAGAGACAGAGCUAGCUGAGGUUUGAAAUCAGAAGGAAGGAGGGGAGGUAGCAGACGAAGAGAGGAUGAGAAGAGAGCAGAUGAGCGCUUGAUACACACACCAGGGCUGCUCUCGUCACUGAAGAACAGAUGUUACAUGUUCAUCUCUCGCCUCCAGAUGUCUGCGGCAAUGUGCAGUAGUUAGAUCCAUCAGGGAGGACAAGAUUGCCUGCCAGUAAUUAGAAGACAGACAGGUGUCCAUGACACCAAAAAAUCACAAAUGAUGGACAAGAAAAGUGCAAAUGGCUUCUCCAAGGCCUCUGAAACUGGAGGACAGAGGAAACAGCUGCCCUACUCUGUGGAGACACCUUAUGGCUUCACCCUCGAUCUGGACUUCCUAAAAUAUGUCGAUGACAUUGAGAAGGGCAACACCAUCAAGAGGGUGCAUAUCCAGCGUAAGAACAGAGGUCCAAAAUACAGUACACUGCCACGCAACUUUAGCCUUCCUGGACAUGGCGCGAGACCUGCUGCCAAGGACACCUGGGCCAACACCUCCACCCUGGGGUCCAAGCCCAAGUCCCGUGUUACUGAGGUCCAGCAACUCUUUGAGUUCAGAGCAAGUGAUGGCAGCUCUAGUAGUGGCAGUGGAAUCUCCACCGCUGGUCAUUCCAAAGUCCAAAACACUGGCUACCUCUCAUCCUCCAAACCCGCAGAUGAGCCCCUCGUCCAGGCUUCCUACAAAGAGCAGCAACUGAGCCUUAAUGUGAGGCCACACUUGUUUCGGGCUUCCAGCAUGCCUGUUAAUGUCCCGCAAAGAAGACUCUCAGACUCAAUGGAUGAGCAAAGCCCUCAAUCUCAGAACGGCUCAACUGAGAGACUGUUCCGUCCUGUGGAAAGCAGUGAUAGAAGAGGAAGUGUUCCUCAGGAUCGAGCUAGCCUGCAUCAACAGAUAACAGCAGCAUUGAAAAGGGUGCGCGAACUGGAAGAGCAGGUCAGGACCAUACCUGAACUGAAGUCCCAGAUUUGUUCGCUAAGAGAGGAGAAGGAGAAACUGCUUCAGAGGAUUCAAGAACAGGCGGAGAGAAAGGCAGAACCAAGUGAAAAAUCCCAACCUGAAGAUAGCACUGAGCAUCCUGUAGCAACACAGCAGCAAGAGAAAGCCUCAGCCUUUUCGGAGGACACUGUAGUUGACCAUAAAUCUAAACCACCAGCAUCAGCAGAGCCAACUGUAGAGCCACAGACCACAGAAGGGCAGGACUUGGUGGCGCAAGACCUCGCAGAGCAAGAAACUUCCAAAUCAGCUGUGUCGGUUCAGCCUGUGCCUGUGCCAACUGUGAUGUCUGUCCCAGUUAUACUUAUAGAAAAAGUCGAGAGUCCUACAGAUUCAGAAGAAUCUGAGAAACAGUUGGAAGAGUUCAAACACGAGGCUGAAAUACCAGAAAGUCUUUCAGAACAAGAACUGGAAAAGCAAGAGGGAACACAAGACACCUCUUUGGAAGAUAAACAGUUAGAGCUAUCAGAACAACAAGCAGACACAUCUGAAUACACAGCUUCCCAAGGGAAAACUGAGAAAGCAGAAGCCGCUGAAGGAUCAGGUGACGCAGGAGAUAAAUUGACCUCCACUACACAAGAACAAGAGUCUCUUGCUAUCCAAGAAUUACAAGUCAAAAUUAAGACUUUGGAAGAGAGCUUAAGCCAGGCCAGUUGUGAGCUAGAAAAGACAAAUUCCUUACUGAGAGAACAGAUCGAGGAGAAUAAAUUAAAGGACCUUACAAUUCAGGAACUAAGCGACAAAGUUAUGGAGUCUUUUGCAGCCAGCAUACAGCAAGAAACCACACCUCCACCAGAGCCUAGGCCACUUCCUCAACUCAUUGUAACUUGCGAUGUGUCUGUCAGUACAGAUAGCAAGAGCGUCUCAGAAAAGGCCGUGUUGACAGACGCCGAACUUCAACCUGAUGACGGUCCCAAAGAAACAGACCUAAUUAGCUCCAGCACUCAAACAACUAUAAUCCAGACGCGAGAUAUUGAGGUGCUAGCACAGGUGAUGACAGCUGAGAAGGUUGUGGGGGUGGAGGUUUCUACAAGUGACCAGGCAGUUGAGACAGAUGUUCCAAUUAGCCCUACAGAUAAUGCACAAGAAGAUACAGAUGAGCAGAGAGAUGAUGCAAGAUACAGUAUAGACAUAGAAGAUACAGUCGAAGUGCAAAUCAGCGAAAGCAUCAUGAUUGAAAGUGAUGUGGCUGAAGGGUAUGUCAUAGUGGAAAAGACUGAAGGUGAGCUGGUUGAGACUGUAGCCGAGGAGAAUACAACUGUUAGGUUAUCGACUGUGGAGUACAAGUUACCAGAGAGUGUGAAUGUAGAAAGGGUUGUCAUAGAAACCUCAACGGGAGAUACAAGCACAGGAGAAUCUCAGCAAGGCCAAGACCAAAAACAAGAGCAAGGACAAGACACUCAGCCACAGCCACAAACCCAGCCUCAGAGGUCCACUGAAACCGCCACUUCCCCUGCAGCCAUAGGCCAGGUUGUCAAUCGGAUCCAGGGGCUUCUUAAUGAGCAGUGGGCCAGCCUGGGCAGCGGGAGCCAAGAGGGGAAAGGAGAAAGCUCCCAGAAGCAGCCUGUCUCAAAGAUCAGCUCCAUCCAGAGUCAUCUCAGAGGCUCUCUCAGUGCUCUCUCAGCCUUUUACUCUCCUGUUCAAAAAGGAGGUGCAGCAAAGCAAUCGGGCCUCAAAUCCAUCAUGAAGAAGAAUGAUUAUCCUGACAAGCAGGGAGGAGUCAAAAAAAACCUGAAGUUUGUUGGCGUGAAUGGAGGCUAUGAGUCCACCUCCAGUGAGGAGUCCAGUGGGGAGGAGAAUGAGGACGAGGGGAAGGAGGAGGAGGAGGAGGUGGAUAGCUCUGAACCAGAGGAGCAGGGAGAGGAGAAGGAGAAUGGAGCGGCCCAGGAGGAGGAGGAGGAGGAUGAGAAGGAGGCUGCUGCUACUGGGGAGCAGGCUGAUGAAGCUCAGGCAAAGGGGUCAGAGUGCUCUGAGGAGCCUAAAGACCCAGAGGCCAUUAUUGAUCCCCAGGAGGAGCAGCCCGUCAGUGAAUUUGUUGAUAAAAACUUCAUGGCUGCUUGUCACUACCUUAAAGACCGAAUGGCUGAAGUCUCCACCCCAAAUAAAGAUAUGAGGCAGGUUCUGAUGGUGCUCUAUCAGGAGUGGUUCCGUGUGUCCAGUCAGAAAGAAUCCCAAGAAGAAACAGUCACCCUGUAUCUGAGAGAGAUCGGGAACCAAACCCCCACCCUGCUGCGCUACAUAGUUAACCUGGCUGACGGUAAUGGCAACAUGGCCCUGCACUACAGCGUUUCCCACUCUAAUUUCCCAGUGGUCAAGCUGCUGUUGGAUACAGGUCUGUGCGAGGUGAACCAUCAGAACAAGGCUGGAUACACUGCAAUAAUGCUGGCAGCCUUGACCGCUGCAGAAGGACCUGAGGACAUGGAGGUGGCCCAGCAGCUACUGAGCCUGGGCAACAUCAACGCUAAGGCCGGCCAGUCGGGUCAGACAGCGCUGAUGCUGGCAGUGAGUCAUGGCCGCGCAGCGAUGGUGCAAGUUCUUCUUGACUGCAAAGCCGAUGUCAACGUACAGGACCAAGACGGCUCCACUGCCCUGAUGUGUGCCAGCGAGCACGGCCACGCUGAGAUAGCCAAGCUUCUGUUGGACGUACCAGAGUGUGACACUAGCCUCGAAGAUAAGGCGGGACACACUGCACUGUCUGUGGCUAUCAAGGCCUCUCACCCUGAAAUCGUCGACCUGCUGAAGGCCCAUGCUGAAAAAGCUGGAAGUUCACAAGCGGCAGGUCUUCUCUGAGGCUGCAGAGAUUACAUUCUUCCUCUUUACGGCCAACAAUACCUGCAUUCACCCUCUGCCUCAACCAACCAAACUGGCUCUCAUGAGAAACGCAACUGCAGGAACAGAAUGUACCAGUUAGUUGCCGAUAUUCCGUCCAAUACACACACACACAUAUACACACACACGUAUAUACAGUAUAUAUAUAUGACUGAAAUCUGAAACGGCCUAUGAGAAGUGGACUUCAAUCCAUAACGCUUCCCUGAACUUUGCAAAGCAGCAGCUGAAUCUCUUCAGUUCCUCUGAAGCACAGCUACCUUCAAGCUCUUAACUUAAUGUGUAUCGAGCAUGGUACAUUGUUUUAUGUUUUGUCCUGUUUUAAAACGUUAUUAUAUUUUUGUCAAGUAGAGCAUUAUACAUGAAUGUUAUUACAGAGUCUAUCAGAUACACACUAUAUUUAUUUUAUAUUGCACUUUGUUGUACUGAUUUUUUUAUUCUCUUCUGUAAUAUAUAUAUAUAUAUAUAUAUAUAUAUAUAUAUAUAUAUAUAUAUAUAUAUAUAUAUAUAUAUAUAUAUAAAGCCUGUCUAACUAUAACCUGAUGAUGAGCAUUAUGUCUUCCAAUAUGACUGUGGCCAGGUAAAGCAGCUCAAUUGCUUAAUUCCAGUAUUAAAAACAGAGCACGUUCGUUUUUAGUAUGUGACUGAAACAAUGCCAGGGUAACUCUCCAACAGAAGAUGUUGAUGAAGCAGAGACACACAGAAAGCGUCAAGCUUAUUCUGGACUCUGAAAUGUCACAUCUUCCUGCCAAGUGCUUUAACGACCUGACCUUCCCCCAAAAGAAAGAUUUACUAUUAAAUGUAUGAAGAGUCUUACGUGUCUUAAAACGAUAUGCUUACCCAAAUAUACACAUGUUGAAGAAAAUUGUGCUUUGGUAUUUAAUAAACCAGCAUAUAUUAUGAUUACCUAUGGGUCUAAAAAUGACAAUAAACAAGGUAAAUUAAAAUUAAUAAAAAUACAUUGGAAGCAUUAAAA